UGAGAGAAUCGCCCAGCAGCAUCUCAGCCGAGCAGCAGCGCUAAAAUGCAUUGAAACACGCAUCUUGGGACAUUUCCACCCUCUUUCGGUUUGUCAUGAGGGUGUGUGAUGGGAAUAACGGGGAUGUUCGCACCGGAUUACGUCUCUUUAUUUUGAGAGAAAUGCGGAUUGUUUUGCGCUCGAGGUGUUAACGCAGAAAAAAAAAUACAAAAAUGAAGAAGCAAUUCAAUCGGAUGCGACAGCUCGCCAACCAGACUGUUGGCAGGGCUGAAAAAACAGAGGUACUGAGUGAAGACCUGCUACAGGUGGAGAAGCGUUUAGACCUGGUAAAGCAGGUCUCUCAUAGCACACAUAAGAAGCUGACGGCCUGUCUGCAGGGACAACAAGGCGCCGAUUUAGAAAAGAGAUCAGUCAAAUCGCCCGCGAAGAAGUUGCCCCUGACGACACUUGCUCAAUGUAUGGUGGAGGGAGCAGCUGUGUUAGGAGACGACUCUCUUUUUGGUAAGAUGCUGAACCUUUGUGGCGAAACGGAAGAGAAGUUGGCUCAAGAGCUGCUCGUCUUUGAGUUACAGAUUGAAAGAGAUGUUGUGGAGCCUCUGUAUAUGCUGGCUGAGGUGGAAAUUCCGAACAUUCAGAAACAGCGAAAACAUUUAGCCAAACUUGUCCUGGACAUGGAUUCUGCAAGGACACGGUGGCAACAGUCAUCCAAGUCUUCAAGUCACCCUAGUAAUGUGCAGCAGGGCGGUGCCAAGUCUGAUGCCCUGAGAGAGGAAAUGGAGGAGACGGCCAAUCGGAUGGAGAUCUGCAGGGACCAGUUAUCGGCGGACAUGUACAACUUUGUGGCCAAAGAAAUAGACUAUGCAAACUACUUUCAAACGCUCAUAGAGGUUCAGGCAGAGUACCACAAGAAGUCUUUGGAGAUUCUGCAGACUGUGCUGCCACAGAUCAAAGCUCAACAGGAGGCCUGGAUAGAGAAGCCAUCAUAUGGAAAGGUCUUAGAGGAACAUCUAGCCAUCAGUGGCAGGGAGAUUGCCUUUCCUAUCGAGGCGUGCGUCACCAUGCUGCUAGAAUGUGGCAUGGAGGAAGAGGGUUUAUUUCGGGUGGCUCCGUCGGCCUCCAAACUGAAGAAACUGAAGGCAUCACUGGACUGCGGGGUUCUUGAUGUGCAGGAGUAUUCAGCCGACCCACACGCCAUCGCAGGGGCGUUAAAGUCUUAUCUUCGUGAACUUCCCGAACCUUUAAUGUCAUUUGAACUCUAUGAUGAAUGGAUUCAAGCCUCAAAUAUUCAAGAUAUGGACAAAAGGCUUCAAGCACUGUUGGGUACAUGUGAGAAACUACCAUCAGACAAUUUGAACAACUUCAGAUAUCUAAUCAAAUUCUUAGCCAAACUCACAGAGUAUCAGGACGCUAAUAAAAUGACACCAGGUAACAUUGCAAUAGUUCUUGGACCCAAUCUUCUGUGGACACAUUCAGAAGGAAACAUGACGGAAAUGAUGACCACCGUGUCCCUGCAAAUCGUUGGCAUCAUUGAGCCGAUCAUCCAGCAUGCUGACUGGUUCUUCCCUGGAGAUAUUGAGUUCAACCUGACAGGCAGCUAUGGCAGCCCGGUCCACACCAACCACAACUCCAACUACAGCUCCAUGCCCUCGCCAGAUAUGGACCAAUCAGAUCGCAAGCAGCAGCACGAGCAGAGCCGACGCCCACUCAGUGUUGCUACUGACAACAUGAUGCUUGAAUUCUACAAGAAGGAUGGCAUUAGGAAAAUUCAAAGUGUGGGUGUCAGAGUGAUGGACACAUCGUGGGUGAAGGGCAAAAGUACCUCUACGCUGUCCCGCAAAUCCUCGUCCACGCCUCCCAGCGCACAACCGCCCGGCUCUCCUGCGGACACCCUGAUCUCUGAACAGCCCGGUGAGCUGGCCACAUCUCCAAUCCCCACCCCCCCUCCUGGAGACAGGGGCAGCUCCGACGACGUGUCGCCCAAUCGGCCGGAUUCCUCACAUGUCUAUGCGUCCCACGUGGAGGAGCGGCCACCCCCUCCUUACCCUUCCUCGUCCUCCCACCACUUCUACCCCAAGCCCCCUCCCUGCGCUCGGCCCGUGGCCCCGGGCCCCGAGUCGCAGCCUCCCAGCUCCCCGCCUCCACCCCUGCGCUGGACCGGCUUCGGCCCACCCUUGCCCCUGCCCCUGCCCCAGCCACCCCCUUCCUCCUCUUCCUCCUCCUCCUCCUCCUCCCUCGAUAUCAACUCCAACCCCAAGCCUAGCUGCCUGCACUUUCCCAAACACGGCCCAGUGUGUGACGCCCCGCAUGCCGCUCCGCCUGACGCCAAUGCCUCGCCCCUCUACAUUAAAAACCCUCUCGUGCUGACCCGCCACGACGUGUCCCUCGGAAACCCCCCUAGCCUCCCCUCCUCCGCCCCCCCGCCGUGGGCCGCCUGUCCGUGUGCCCGCGACAGAGGACCCCCCAGGCUGACUAGCACUCUGAAGAGCAAGGAGCUCUCUCCUGUGAUUGGCCACAAGGCUUUGCAGGCGGCAGGAGCUACAGUGCCCCCUGUCAGCGGUCAGCAGAGCAACAGCCAGUCUCCCCACUCGGCCGAACACAGUCCUCACACCUUACGCAAUGCAUCUAAGAAACUGGCCCCUGUGCCGCCCAAGAUUCCCUACUGCCAGUCGGGGGGGAUGUCAGACCAAUCCACAGGUCAGCCGUCUCCGGUUAGCCUGUCCCCCACUCCCCCAAGUACCCCCUCCCCGUACGGUUUGGGCUGUCCCACUGGACACGCGCCCUCCUCUUCCCCUGGCCAGACCCCAUUAGGGGGACCCCAUUCGUUGUCCUCGCCGCCCUCUCUGACUGGUACGCUCACAAAGUCCCGGCCCACCCCAAAGCCCAGGCAGAGACCCAGCCUACCCCCUCCCCAGCCACCAACCGUCCCUCCUACGGUCCCCCAGCCCCUGGAGCAGGGUCUACUUGACGGAUUGUCCCCUGGAGAGAGCAUGUCCACAGCAGAUUACUUCAGUUUGGAUAUUCCCUCCAUCAAUGUCAAUCUGGAUAGCCUGUUGGACGAGUUCAGGGUGGGCCCAUGUCGGAGCUCCUUUGCUGCGGUCAGUUCUCCGGAGGGGGAGUCCGUCUCUGAGGAGGAGGGCCAAAGCACCACGCUAUGACCCCUGAGCCCACCAACUUGCCAUCUCCUGCCGAGGCCCAACUGGAACCCCAUCUUGGCCAAACCCUGAGUCACGGUUACUAGACUAGAGAAGACGCCAACCACACAACAGGUGCCAUAAAAAGCAACAGAAUGGAUUUUGUUCAAAUUGCCACUGGGGGAACCUGGAGUUUUGUGUUACAUUACCCGUUUCUCUCUGAACGAUUCUGUCUGUUUCGUUUUGUUGUUGGUUUUGUUUGAUUGGGAUGGAUUUUUUUGUUUCUGCCUUAUCAGAGCUGCAAUUACGAUACAAUGCACAUAGUGGGCAGUCUGCAGACUUUAAAGGAACCUCGUAAACUUUAUCUUGCUGAAGGCUUGGAACUGAGACCCACCCUUACAGUAUGAGAGUGGGACAUCGUUGUUUUCCCUACAGGGUCUAUGCCAUGCUCUUUAUGGGUCACUUGGCAUAUAGCAUGUUUAAGUCUAAUUUUGCAAUACUGACUUUCUUUCUUUCUUUCUUUCUUUCUUUCUUUCUUUCUUUCUUUCUUUCUUUCUUUCUUUCUUUCUUUCUUUCUUUCUUUCUUUCUUCCAAAUCUAAACUAUACACUACUUUAGCAAUCCAAUCCAAUUUCCCUUUUGCUAAGCCUCGACUUGCUACUCUCUGACCUUAGCAAGUAGUAAAUUAAGGAUUCGAAGUGUACAACUAAUGGGCCAUUCGCUCCCAUGAAUCUUUGCACAGGAAAGCAGCACACACAAUUGUGUGAUUACGGCACAUCUUUAAUUGGCUCGGCAAAGAUGUUUUUGUUUUGUUUGGUCCUUAUACCCUUGUUUGGUCCUCCCCCUUCAUUCCUUCGAAGCUCUUACUUUGGAGGGUAGACCCUUCAAAGGUAUUAGGUCUUAUGUAUAAGUCCUUCACAAUGGAAUGCAAGGCAAAUGGAAAUCCUGUCUUAAAGGAUAAUUCCGGUAUUUAGCACUUUGAGCAAUAUCUUCUAGUUUGUUUUGGAUGAACUAGAGUGGUGGACACAGAAAUUUUGACGAUGGGUCCUGUCUUGAUUUUUUUGACUCUUUUAGAAUUCACCUCUGACCGCUUCAGAGUGGCUGUCUAUGGGCAUAACGUUCGUUUUCAAAACAUUGGUUAGAGGUGUUUGUUGAUGAUUAAAAACUAUUUUUUCAGAUAUCUCACAAGCGCAUAUAAACUUCCGCUCGAUAUUUGAGUCUGAAGCGUUAGCACACUCCAGACCACUUGAUGGCGACAACCACUUUGCCGUACAAGGACUCUGUACAGAACAGGGUGUCUUGCGCAUAGACCUUCUGAGAGACGGAGAACUGACUGAAAAGACUACUACAAAAUGUAAACAGACCUCUUUUCUGUUUCCGUUAGCGCAGUGAUAUCAACAAGCAAUGAGUCCUCCAAACAGACAUGAAUGCGAUUUUACAAAAUGGCAAAUAAAUACUCUAAAAAAUGCUGGGUUGUCAAAUAUGGACAAACUCAAACAUUGGGUUAAAAAUGUAAUUUAAAAAUUUAACCCAAUGGCUGGGUUUGUCCAUAUUUGACCCAAAAUUGGGUUAAAACAACCCAAGAAACAUCAACAAACACCACUAACCACUCGGUGAGUUCCACAGUUUUGAAAACGAAGAUUAAGGGUUGUUUUAAGGACAUGUUUGUGCAUGCCCAAGCGGUCAGAGGCAGUUCUAAAAGAGUCAAAAAGUCGAGACAGGAGGACCCAUCGUCAAAAUUUCUGUGUCCACCACUCUAGUUCAUCCAAAACAAACUAGAAGAUAGACUCAAAGUGCUAAAUACUGGAGACUCAAAGAUGGACUCAAAGUGCUAAUUAUCCGUUAAGAUUUUUAAAUGUAAUUUAAAAAAAAAAAAUCAAAGAUUACAAUAAACUCUUGUUGCCGGGGCACUUCAAA